AUGCCUGGCAGAGCCCUAUUCACCUUCGCUAUGAGGGGGAUCAUACUAGCACUAGUGCUCACCCUUGUGGGCAGCCAGAAGUUAGACAUUGACCCAGGAUUCAGUAGCAGGAAGAGUUACCUGUACAGCUAUGAAGGCUUUAUGUUGAAUGGGCUUCAAGAAAGAAGUUUGGGCAAAGCUGGUGUGCGCUUGAGCAGCAAGCUAGAGAUCAGCGGGCUAUCAGAGAAUGCUUACCUCCUCAAGGUCCGUUCUCCACAAGUGGAGGAAUACAAUGGGGUCUGGCCCAGGGAUCCCUUCACUCGAUCUUCCAAAAUCACCCAAGCGGUCUCAUCGUGUUUCACCCGGCCCUUCAAAUUUGAAUACAGCAGUGGACGGGUUGGAAGCAUUUAUGCCCCAGAAGACUGCCCAGAUCUGUGUGUUAACAUAGUGAGAGGAAUACUGAACAUGUUGCAGAUAACCAUUAAAAAAUCACAGAACGUCUAUGAAUUACAAGAGGCUGGAAUUGGAGGUGUUUGCCACACAAGGUACGUCAUCCAGGAAGACAGAAAGAAUAGCCGAGUAUCUGUUACCAAAACUGUGGACUCGAAUAAUUGCCAGGAAAAGGUGCAAAAAAGUGUUGGGAUGGCUUACAUCUAUCCCUGCCCCGUGGACAUGAUGAAGGAAAGGCUCACCAAAGGGACUGCUGCUUUCUCCUACAAGCUGAAGCAGUCAGACAGCGGCACGCUGAUCACAGAGGUUGCAUCUCAGCAGGUGUAUCAGAUCUCCCCAUUCAGUGAGCCCACUGGGGUGGCUGUCAUGGAAGCAAGACAGCAGCUCACCUUGCUGGAGGUGAGAAGUGAGCGGGGCAGUGCCCCAGACAUCCCCAUGCAGAGCUAUGGCAGCCUUCGCUACCACUUCCCAGCUGUACUGCCACAGAUGCCACUUCAGCUGAUCAAGACAAAAAACCCUGAGCAACGGAUAUUAGAAACACUGCAGCACAUAGUCCUGAAUAACCAACAAGAUUUCCAUGACGAUGUUGCAUACAGAUUCUUAGAGCUGGUCCAGCUUUGCCGGAUAGCAAGUGUUGACACUCUUGAGUCUGUCUGGAGACAAGUUUCAGAUAAACCUCGUUACAGGCGAUGGCUCCUGAGUGCAGUUUCUGUGAGUGGCACCACCGAAGCAUUAAAAUUCCUGAAGACCAGAAUUCGCAAUGAUGACCUCAACUACAUUCAGACCCUUCUAACUGUUUCUUUGACUCUCCAUUUGAUGAAAGCUGAUGAACACACACUUCCACUAGCAGCAGAUUUAAUGACCAGCUCUCGAAUUCAGAAAAAUCCUAUGCUUCAGCAAGUGGCCUGCUUGGGAUAUAGUUCUGUAGUCAACAGAUACUGUUCUCAGACCUCAGCAUGUCCUAAAGAAGCUCUUCAGCCCAUCCAUGACCUUGCAGAUGAAGCAAUCAGCAGGGGCCGUGAAGACAAAAUGAAAUUAGCUCUGAAGUGCAUUGGCAACAUGGGAGAACCAGCCAGCUUAAAGCGUAUCCUGAAGUUCCUUCCAACGUCUUCAUCCAGUGCUUCUGAUAUCCCAAUCCACAUUCAGAUAGAUGCCAUCAUGGCCUUGAGAAAGAUAGCUUGGAAGGAUCCCAAAACAGUGCAGGGCUAUCUCAUUCAGAUCCUUGCAGACCAAUCGCUUCCCCCUGAGGUGCGAAUGAUGGCUUGUGCUGUUAUCUUUGAGACAAGGCCUGCCCUUGCUUUGAUCACGACGAUAGCUAACGUGGCAAUGAAGGAAAGCAAUUUGCAAGUGGCCAGUUUUGUAUAUUCCCACAUGAAGUCUUUGUCAAAGAGCAGAUUGCCAUUUAUGUACAACAUAUCUUCAGCUUGCAACAUUGCCCUUAAGCUGCUAGCUCCCAAACUGGACAGGCUGAGCUAUCGGUACAGCAAGGUCAUUCGAGCAGGCAGUUACUUUGAUAACUAUAGAGUUGGUGCUGCUGGAGAAAUCUUUGUUAUGAACAGUCCAGGAACUAUGUUCCCAUCAGCAAUAAUUUCCAAAUUGAUGGCAAAUUCUGCAGGUUCAGUGGCUGAUCUGAUAGAGGUUGGCAUCCGAGCGGAAGGCCUCACAGAUGUCAUAAUGAAAAGAAACAUCCCGUUUGCUGAAUAUCCCACAUACAAGAAGAUAAAGGAGCUUGGAAAAGCUCUGCUGGGAUGGAAAGAGCUGCCAACAGAAACCCCCUUGAUAUCAGCCUACUUGAAAAUACUUGGACAAGAAGUGGCCUUCGUCAACAUCAACAAGGAAGUCUUGCAACAAGCCAUGAAGACUGUAGUGGAACCUGCUGAUCGAAACACGGCAAUGAAAAGAAUCACCAGCCAGAUCCGCAACGGCAUCGCAGGGCAGUGGACGCAGCCAGUGUGGAUGGGAGAGCUGCGAUACGUGGUUCCCAGCUGCCUCGGCCUGCCGCUGGAGUACGGGUCCUACACCACUGCCCUGGCACGAGCUGCAGUCAGCGUUGAUGGAAAGAUGACUCCACCUUUAACUGGAGAUUUUAGACUUUCUCAGUUGCUUGAAUCCACCAUGCAGAUUCAGUCUGACUUAAACCCCAGUUUAUACAUGCAUACAGUUGCAACGAUGGGUGUCAACACAGAAUACUUUCAACAUGCUGUUGAAAUUCAAGGCGAGGUCCAGACAAGAAUGCCAAUGAAGUUUGAUGCCAAGAUAGAUGUGAAAUUGAAAAAUAUUAAGAUUGAAACAAACCCAUGCCGUGAGGAAACUGAGAUAGUGGUUGGAAGACAUAAGGCUUUUGCUGUAUCAAGGAACAUAGGAGAACUAGGUGCUGAAAAGAGGACCUCAAUUCUUCCGGGAGAUGCUCCAUUAAAAAUUAUGGAAGAACCUUUCCAAACAUCACAGAGGGCUUCCGGGGAACAUUUAACAAUGCAAGAGCCUGACAGCAUGCCAAGGAAACAGUCCCAUGGUUCUCAAGAAGAUCUUCGCCAUAGCACAGGAAAAAGAACGCAUAAACGAGAUGUUUGCCUCAAAAUGCAUCGUCUUGGCUGCCAGCUCUGCUUUUCCAGAAGGUCGAGAGAUGCCAGUUUCAUAAAGAAUACAUAUUUGCACAGAUUAAUUGGAGAACAUGAAGCUAAAAUAGUUUUGAUGCCAGUUCCUACAGAUGCUGAUAUUGACAAAAUUCAGCUGGAGAUUCAGGCAGGAUCUAGAGCAGCUUCCAAAAUAAUUAAUGAGGUAAACUCAGAGUCUGAGGAAGAGGAUGAAUCAUCUCCAUAUGAGGACAUUCAAGCUAAACUGAAGAGGAUUCUAGGCAUUGAAAAUGUGUUCAAGGUUGCAAACAAAACACGGCACCCGAAAAGUCGGCCAUCUAAGAAAGGAAAUGCUAUGCUAGCAGAGCUUGGGACAGAGCCCAAUGCAAAAACUUCCUCCAGCUCAUCUUCUGCCUCCUCAACUGCCACCUCUUCUUCCUCAUCUUCUGCCUCCUCCCCUAAUCGUAAAAAGCCUAUGGAUGAAGAGGAGAAUGAUCAAGUAAAGCAAGCUAGAAACAAAGAUGCAAGCAGCAGCAGCAGCAGCAAGAGCAGUGACAGCAGUAGCAGCAGUAGCAGUAGCAGCAGCAGUAGCAGCAGCAAGAGCAGUGACAGCAGUAGCAGCAAGAGCAGCAGCAGCAGUAGCAGCAGCAAGAGCAGCAGCAGCAGCGGUAGCAGUAGUAGGAGCAGUAGGAGCAGUAGCAGCAGCAGCAAGACAAGGAGUCGCCAUAGCCAUCAAUCAGGGCAUCUAAGUGACAGCAGCAGCAGGUCAGUGAGUCACCACAGCCAUGAGCAUCACUCAGGACAUCUGGAAGAUCACAGCAGUAGCAGCAGCAGCAGCAGCAGCAUGCAUUCCAAAAUAUGGGGGCGUCAUGAGAUUUAUCAGUAUCGCUUUAGAUCAGCACACAGACAAGAGUUCCCCAAAAGAAAACUCCCAGGUGACAGAGUUACCAGCAGAUACUCCUCUACCAGAUCCAGCCAUGACACAUCCCGAGCUGCUUCCUGGCCUAAGUUUCUGGGUGACAUCAAAACCCCAGUGUUGGCUGCUUUUCUCCAUGGCAUUAGUAACAACAAGAAGACAGGAGGCCUCCAGCUUGUUGUAUAUGCUGAUACCGACUCUGUCAGGCCGCGGAUGCAGGUAUUUGUGACAAACCUCACAGAUUCAAGCAAGUGGAAGCUCUGUGCAGAUGCUUCGGUCCUCAAUGCUCACAAGGCAGUGGCUUACCUGAAAUGGGGCCGGAAUUGCCGGGACUACAGGGUUUCUACUGAGCUGGUAACUGGACGGUUUGCUGGGCACCCUGCUGCACAAGUGAAGCUGGAGUGGCCCAAGGUUCCUUCGAGUGUCAGAUCGAUGGUUGAAUGGUUUUACAAGUUUGUCCCCGGGGCUGCAUUUAUGCUGGGUUUCUCUGAGAGAAUGGGCAAGAAUCCUUCUCGACAAGCCAGGAUGGUCGUGGCUCUAACUUCUCCGAGGACAUGUGAUAUUGUUGUCAAGCUGCCUGAUAUGACCCUCUAUCAAGAAGCCAUGAGGCUUCCUCUAUCACUUCCUGUGGGUCCGAGGAUUCCAGCUUCAGAGCUGCAGCCUCCAAUCUGGAAUGUCUUUGCUGAAGCCCCCUCUGCAGUGCUCGAGAAUUUGAAAGCUCGCUGCUCAGUUUCGCACAACAAGAUCACAACCUUUAAUGAAGUCAAGUUCAACUACUCGAUGCCAGCAAGCUGCUAUCACAUCUUGGCUCAGGAUUGCAGCUCUGACCUUAAGUUCCUGGUGAUGAUGAAAAGUGCUGAAGAAGCUACAAACCUUAAAGCCAUCAACAUCAAGAUUGGCAGUCACGAAAUUGACAUGCAUCCUGUGAACGGACAGGUGAAACUGCUGGUGGACGGGGCCGAGAGCCCCACAGACAACAUUUCCCUCAUAUCUGCUGGUGCUUCUCUGUGGAUUCACAAUGAAAAGCAAGGGCUUGUACUUGUUGCCCCAGCCUUUGGUAUCGAUAAAUUGUACUUUGAUGGACAAACAUUCUCGAUUCAAGUUGCUUUAUGGAUGGCAGGGAAAACAUGUGGAAUCUGUGGAAAAUAUGAUGCAGAAUGUGAACAGGAGUAUCGGAUGCCCAAUGGAUAUCUAGCAAAAGAUGCUGUGAGCUUUGGUCAUUCUUGGAUCUUGGAAGAAGCGCCCUGUAAAGGAACUUGUAAACUGCACCGCUCAUUCGUGAAGCUUGAGAAGACGGUUCAGCUUGCGGGUGUUGAUUCCAAGUGCUACUCUACAGAGCCUGUGCUGCGCUGUAUGAAGGGAUGCUCAGCUACCAAGACAACUCCAGUCACUGUUGGCUUCCACUGCCUCCCAGCUGAUUCAGCUACGAGCCUGGCUGACAAACAGAUGAAGUUCGACCAGAAGUCAGAGGACAUGCAGGAUACUGUUGAUGCACACACAGCAUGUUCAUGUGAGAAUGAAGAAUGCAGUACAUGAAGCUGUACAUUGCAGCACUGGAGAAUACAGAAACAUUUUAGUUUUUAUUGUGUUGUGUAAGAAGACUCAUCUCAAGAGGCAAUGGAAACAUUAAAUUAAAUGCUUAA